AUGCGUCUCUUCAAGACUGGCCUAUCCGUCCUGACCGUGUGUUCAGUCAUCCAGGCCAUCCCUGUCAAUACUGGCGAAAGAGGCGAUACGGCCUUACACCGCCACGAUGGUCUCAAAACUUCAGACACACGACAGGAAAACAGAAGUAAGGGCGGUUUCGUGCCUCCUCAUGUUCUCAGGAAUAUCACCCGUAGUCCUUUCGCCACAGACGAAGAGCGACGCACUGCAAAUCGGACCUUAGUGAUUGAUGGAGAGCGGUAUGGACCGCAACAGCCGACGGAUUAA